AUGGCAACUCCUCCCCGCUCUAAAAGCGGCUCAGUCGAUGUCAAAGUCGGCAUUGAGUGGGAAGAAAACGCUCCUACCCGCGACCCUCUACUGGAGCCAUACGACCUCAUAAGAGACAAAAGCCCGGAGGAGCUCAAAGCACUCGAUAGAGCUGUUCGCAAACGUCUCGAUUGGAAGUUUCUCCCAAUGGUGUGUGCCAUGCUUAUGAUGAAUUAUCUAGACCGCAUCAACGUCUCGAACGCACGACUUGCCGGCAUGCAAGAUGACUUGCACAUGUCAGAUACGAUGUGGUCUGCCGGUAUCUCGCUUUUCUAUGUGGGAUACAUCAUUUCACAGGUUCCCGCAAAUGUCAUCAUCGCGAAGGGAAAGCCACGAAUCUUGCUUCCGUGCUGUAUGCUUGGGUGGUCCAUUACCACUUUAUGUAUGCCUGCUGUCACUGCUGGUUGGGGUUUUCUCCUGUGUCGCUUUGUAGUAGGCCUGACUGAAGGCCCUUUCGUGCCAGCGGUGUCUUUGUUGACGUCGUCUUGGUACACGAAGCAUGAGUCUCCGCUCCGCAUGGGUAUUUGGCACGCCGGAAACACAAUAUCGCAGGCUAUUUCUGGCCUUCUGGCUGCUGGAGUCCUCCGCAAUAUGAAUGGCAUAGCCGGGCUAUCAGCAUGGCAGUGGUUUUUGCUUCUCGAGGGUCAGUUUAUGGAUAUAUGGCGAGACUCUCCUUUCACUAAUACAGCUGUAGGUAUCGUCAGCAUCAUUAUUGGUCUGGCAAGCUUUUGGUUCAUUCCCAACUUUCCCGAGUCGACUGGCACCUAUUUCCUGACUGCCGAAGAGUCGCAAAUGGCUCAGUACCGGCAAACUGUGUCGGCCGGCGGUCGCACUGAAGACGAUGAGGGCGACUACUGGGGUGGAGUUUGGAUGGCAUUCAAAGACCCAUUCACAUACCUUUUCUCUGCUAUUCAUUUCUGCCUUAUAAUCGCGCAGUCUUACAAAGACUUCUUUCCAUCGAUCCUCGCUACUCUCGGAUUCGGCGCUACCGAGACGUACCUCAUUCAAGCCCCACCUCCGAUUAUUGCUUUUCUUGUAACUUUGGCAGUUUCCUGGUCGUCCGGUCGAAUGCUUGAACAUGGCUACCACAUUAUCGUGCCGAUGCUGUUUACACUGGCUGGGUGCGUUGUGAUGAUCACAACACUCAACGUUGGUGCCAGAUAUUUCUCGAUGAUUUUGCUGGUCACCGGACCAUUCCUCGGCCUCAAUCUGCAAAUUUCUUGGGAGACAACUGUCGUACCUCGACCACGAACGAAAAGAGCCGCUCUUAUUGCAAUCGCCAACAGUGUAUCUUCUGUCUCUCACUGGUUUACGCCUUACUUCUUUCUGAGAAACCAGGAACCAUACUAUCAGACGGGAGGCGGUGCUAUCAUUACCGGAUGUGGGUUGACAGUGAUUUUCGUUCUCAUCACCAAAUGGUACUGCUGGAAGAAGAACAAAGAUUUGGACGAGCAAGACAGGAUUUCUGGAGAAACAAGUGAGUGGAGAUAUGCAUCUUGA